ACAUUGUUGAACAGAGCUGAGACGCCAUCACAGGGUGAGAGAUCUCUGCUGGAAAACACACGUUUGGAGUAUUUGAAACAAUCAAGGGAAGAGACGUUCACUCUGUGAGUCUGUUGAAAAAUAACUUCAGUAUCAAAUGGCUGAGAAAAUAACUCUUGUUGAAAGUUCCCUGAACUGCCACAUGUGUUCAGAGACUUUCAGAGAUCCUGUGUCUCUGAGCUGCAACCACAGCUUCUGUUCAAGCUGCCUGCAGAAAUUCUGGGAACAAGCUGGAAACAAAAACUGUCCCAUUUGUAAAAGACAAUCAUCAAAGGAUGAUCUAGAAGUGAACUUUCCACUGAAGGAACUGGCUGACUCCUUUGCUGAGAGAAAGAAAGCUGGAUCAUCUGAGACAGCAAAAGGAGAGAAGAAGGUGGAGGCCUUGUGUGAAAAACAUCCAGACGUCCCUUAUUGGUUCUGUGAGGACGAGCAGAGAGCUGUGUGUCCUGUCUGUGAGUUUUCUCUCCACCAGAGUCACAAGGUGGUUCCUGUAGAACAAGCAGUCCGGGACCUGAAGGAGCAGCUGAAAUCUGACUUAGAGUCUCUGCAGGACAAGAGGGACAAAUACAAACAAGUGGAGGAAACAUACAAUGAAGUGAUUCAACAGUCCAAGAAGCAGCUGUUGUCCACAGAGAGGCAGAUCAGAGCAGAGUUCAACAAGCUCCACCAGUUCCUGAAAGAGGAAGAGGAGUCCAGACUGGCAGCUCUGAGGGAGGAAGAGGAGCAGAAGAGGAAGACUGUGAGCAGAGAGAUGAAGAAGAUUCAGGAGCAGAUCUCCUCUCUGUCAGACAGGAUCUCUGCUGUUGAAGAAGAGCUGCAGAAACCCAGCGUGCCAUUCCUCAGCAGUUAUAAAGCCACUCAGACCAGAGCCAGAGUCCAGCGCUCACUGUCAGAUCCACAGCUGCUCUCAGGAGCGCUGAUAGAUGUGGCCAAACACCUGGGCAACCUGUCCUUCAGAGUCUGGGAGAAGAUGAAGGACAAGGUCCACUUCAGUCCUGUCAUUCUGGACCCAAACACUGCAAGCCGCUGGCUCUAUCUGUCUGAUGAUCUGACCAGGGUGAGAAAUGGAGACACAAUCCAGAAGCUUCCUGACAAUCCAGAGAGAUUCACUAAGUAUGCCACUGUUCUGGGCUCUGAGGGCUUCAGCUCAGGGAAACACAGCUGGGAGGUGGAGGUGGGAGACCAUCCUGCCUGGAAUGUAGGUUUGGCUAAAGAGUCAGUUGACAGGAAGGGGGGAGGUGUCCCUGCCUCACCAAAAUAUGGAUUCUGGUGUUUAUUGCAUCGCAGUGGAAAAUACACUGAUGUUGUUGGUAAGACUGUCGGAGUGAAGAAGAGUCUCCAGAGGAUCAGAGUCCAGCUGGACUAUGACAGGGGGGAAGUGUCCUUCUACGACCCUGAAGACACGACUCACAUCUACACUCUCAGAGACACUUUCACUGAGAAACUCUUCCCAUUUUUCAGUAUUGGUGCAGCUGGUGAUGCUAAAACCUCUGAUAUCAAAAUCUGUCUCUGAGAUUUCUGUGUGACGUUCAGGAAGGUGCUGAGCUCUCAGUGGUUCAUUAGGAUUUUUAUAACAGUGCUGCUUUUUUCUCUGUUACAGAUAAUUCCAGUUCUUUAUAAGUGAGAAAGGAUGUAAAGAAAAUGUUGAGAUCCAGGUUAAAGAAUAAAUUAGAUUUGAUUUCAGUCAGUAAAUUCUUGAUGUAUUAGAUUCAAAGCUCAUAAACUGAAGCAUGAACGUGGAAUGACACAAUGGGAUAAUAUAUAAGAUGAUUUCAAAUCACAGGAUGAGAAACUAAAGCAGAAAUGUUGGCACAAUUAUUUGUGUGAAGCCGAAAAAAUAUUUUUUCUUUGUUUGUUGUUGCUGCAGAAACUGAGAUGAGUGGAUUUAUUUUGAUAAAUGAAUGUCGGUGUAAUAAUUCAGCUGUUAUUUGUCAAUAUAAAAACAGGAAAUGGUGAAAAAUGGGUCAAUGACAUGACAUGCAUAUUUUA